GAACUAACUAUGCUCGCAGUGGAAACGCGAGCGCAAUUUUCCAAAACGUUGGGCUGCAGGGCCGUUUCAAGACAACCCUAAACCUGUACAUUUAUCUGAACAUCCCCAGCUGCUAUGUAACAUACCAUAAUGUGCUCAGAUAUGCCGCGACUACGUUGGUCCCCCAUGGCGUAUUGGAUCUUGCCAAGAUCUAGAUGUCUACGAGACGCAUUAUCUGAUCCGCCCAGAUCUACACAUAGCUCUCCCCUCGGGUCAGGGUCAUCCGAUAACGGCUACAUACCUGGGAGAAUGCAAAACAUGGAUACGACUUCGAUAUCUAGACCGCCUUCGGUGGUUGGUGCUCGGAUAUAUGCCCAAAGCUCGUGUGGAGAUGAAUUUUUCAUGCUGCUCCAGAAUUAAAAAUCUGCUCAGUCUCGCUUAUACCUGACGCAAGUCUGCAGGCCUCUCACGUCAGGAGGGAAACCGCAUAUCACCAUGGAGGAAGAAGCUACCAGCAGGGGUGCCGAGCUCCUUGGUCCUGUUUUGGUUGACGGCGUCGAUUCGAGUCCAGCAACAUCAGCCGGAGCAGCGACGACGCCGAACACAGAUGGGGUCCAUGUGUUCAACGAACAGACCAAUUAUGUUCCUAGAAGUACAAUCAUAACGGUGUUCCUCGCGUGUGCCAGUGUCGAUCUCCUGGCCCUCAUGGACCAGACGACACUUGCAGCAAGCUUGUACAUCAUUGCCGAUGACUUGAAAGCAAGCGAUCAGGCAUCUUGGAUAGCUAGUGGAUAUUUCAUAACUUCCACCAUCGGCCAGCUCCUCUACGGGAGGUUAUCCGAUAUUUGGUCACGGAAGGUAAUCCUUCUUAUUGGACUGGCUAUUUUCUUCUUCGGAUCCCUGGCUGCAUCUUUGUCUCAGACUAUAGUGCAGCUCAUCAUAUUUCGAUGUUUUACUGGCAUUGGCGGUGGUGGAUUGAUGACGGUCGCGCAGCUGAUUGUGAGCGAUAUCGUACCGUUGCGUGAAAGGGGGAAAUACCAGGGAAUCCUGGGUUCUGUUGUUGCCCUUGCCAAUGGCAUUGGCCCUGUCGUUGGAGGCAUCCUCUCGUCCAAGUCGGCCGACUCUUGGCGCUGGAUCUUCCGACUGAAUCUACCGCUAACCGUGCUCACAACUUCAUUUGUGGUGUUCUUCAUGCCAUUGAAGAAGGUCGAGGGAGAUUGGAAGUUAAAGUUCAAGGCGAUCGACUUCAUUGGCGUAGUUCUUACCCUAGCCGGCGUUCCUGUUUUCAUGUUGGGUUUGACAUGGGGAGGUUCCGAGUACCCUUGGAACUCGAGUGCUGUCAUCGCAACUUUGGUUGUCGGCUUUUUCCUUUGCGUAGUCUUCGUCUUAUGGCAAUGGAAAGGACCAAAAUAUCCUCUCGUGCCCCUCCACAUUUUCAAGUCCAUGGUCGUCAACGGAGCAUGCAUAACCAUGGCCAUCAACGGCUGGAACUUCGUCGUCCAAAUUUACUACAUUCCCACCUUCUACCAGCUCGCUUAUGGCUACUCAGCGACCAAGGCUGGUGCUAUGUUGCUACCAAUUACCCUCAUUCAAACCCUUAGUAGCACACUGUCGGGUUUGGUGGUCCACUGGAUCGGACGAUACCGCGAGUGCAUUCUAUUCGGAUGGCUUUGCUGGGCUGUUGGUCUUGGCCUGAUGUCAACACUGGAUGAGCACUCGGGUGUUGGGAAGCAAAUUGGGUUUGCGAUCAUCACUGGUGUUGGGGUUGGAAAUACCCUGCAACCUUCUUUGAUCGCCAUCCAAGCUGGGGUGUCACGCUGGGACAUGGCUGUGGUGACUUCAUUCCGAAACUUUGUGAGAAACCUCGGUGGCACUUUCGGUCUAGCUAUAUGUGGAACCCUUCUCAACAACAUCAUUUCUCAGUCCACUUCAUCACUCCAACUUGAUGAUGCAUCAUCUAAGGCACUCUUGAGUAAUCCGCAAUCAUUCCUAUCCUCUCUAUCCGUGGAAGAGGCUGGGCAUGUCCGAUCCGUUCUCAUCCCUGCGUACAGGCAAGCCUUCCGAGUUAUCUUCUUGGUAGGAGCCUCUUUGGCCGCUUUUGCCUUCUUUAUCGCAUUUUUCAUGAUACCACAGGUGGAGCUGAGGAGACCUGAUGACGAGAAGUUGAAAGACCAGGGUCUUCAGGCGCAUCUGAAGAAAAAGGAACAACCAGAGGAUGCUUAGCCUCAUUGCCUCCUUCUUAACAGCUCUACUAAGGUAUCUUACGGCUAGAUUAUGAGGGGUAAAGUUGACGGUGUCGUGUGCGAAUUAUGGUGGCAAAACGGUCGUAUUGAUGAAUCAAAUUGACAUUGCAUCGUGAACUUGUCACCAUAGUCGCGUGGCCUGAGAGUGGACUUGACAAUGUGGGUAGUGCAGGGUUCAGAAGGAAACGAAGGCUUGCUGAGAAAUAAAAUUGUACGAGUCCCAAAAUACAACUACAUAUGCAA